AUGAUAGCUCCUACAGAGUACUCGAAAGAGAAAAAGGUUGGUGAAGGUACCUAUGCUGUGGUCUACGUUGGAACGAAACAAUCGGAUGAGCGCAGGAUCGCCAUAAAAGAGAUCAAAACUUCAGGCUUCAAAGAUGGGUUGGAUAUGUCUGCUAUACGGGAAGUGAAAUACCUACAAGAAAUGCAACAUGUGAACGUUAUCGAACUGAUUGACGUCUUCAUGGCCCAGAACAAUCUGAAUCUGGUUCUGGAGUUUCUGCCGGCAGACUUGGAAAUGAUUAUAAAAGAUACGUCGAUUUUGUUCACACAGGCUGACAUAAAAUCAUGGCUGUUGAUGACUCUGAGAGGUGUUCAUCACUGCCAUCGAAAUUUCAUUCUACAUCGAGAUCUGAAGCCCAAUAAUUUGCUGCUGGCACUAGACGGACAGCUCAAAUUGGCGGAUUUUGGGCUGGCGCGGAACAUGGGAUCUCCACAAGAAUCCUUGACCAGUAAUGUGGUCACUAGAUGGUACCGGGCUCCAGAACUUUUGUUUGGUGCACGGCACUAUACUGGCGCCGUCGACAUCUGGUCUGUGGGUAUAAUUUUUGCUGAGCUCAUGCUGCGGAUACCGUACUUGCCUGGCAAAGAUGACAUAGACCAAAUAGAUGUCACAUUCCGUGCUCUGGGGACUCCCACCGAUAGAGACUGGCCUGAAAUUUCGACUUUUGGUGCUUACAACAAAAUUCAGGUUUAUCCUCCGCCUUCUCGUGAAGAGCUGAGGAGGAGGUUCAUAGCAGCCACCGAAAAUGCUUUAGAUCUCAUGUCUGGAAUGCUCACAAUGAACCCACACAAGCGCCUGAGCCCUAUACAGUGUCUCACUAGCGAGUACUUUGUCGAGCUUCCUGAGCCAACGGCCCCAUCUGAACUGCCGAAACUUGAGGCCAAAUGA